AAGUAUCUCUUCAGGCGCGUGCGUUGUUGUUAACUACUGUGAGGACGAUUGUCUCUUUCCUGGAUCUUAGAGCUGAAUUCGAAGUGUAUUUAUAGCUUUCAUGGCUUCGUCACAGCAGAGGUAUAACAUCGGAGUGAAGUCCAAGGCGUUGAUAAUGGUUUCUAUAGCACUGGUGUCGUCCUCUCAUUCGCAAGAGGUUGCAGUGCGCGACUCAGAACCUCAGUCGAAGCAACUCACGCCGAUUCCUGAAUUCAGGCCAAUUGGCUGUUUCGUGGAUAGCGGUGCAAUACCUCGACCAAUCCCCAAGCUGGUUGCUAAUUUCCGUGGUAACAUUGAUUGGCAUAAUCUGAAUAAAACCGUGCUGGAUUGUGCUCGACGAGUCAACUCAAAGGGUUUCCGUUACUUUGGUAUUCAGUUUUAUGGUGAAUGUUGGAGUGGGGAGAAUGCUGAACUUACUUAUAACAAGCAAGGAACCUCUAAAAACUGCUUCAGAGGCCUUGGAGAGAGAAAGGCCAAUUUCGUGUAUGCUUUUGUGGUGAAAGAAAUAAACGCGCGUCUGGCAAAUGGGUCGAGCUCAAGAAGUGGCCGAGUAGAAGUUUUCCACCGAGGAAGCUGGGGCGCAGUGUGCGGCAAAGAAUGGGACAUACGCGAUGCAGAUGUUGUGUGCCGUAUGUUAGGUUAUCCAGGUGCUCUAAAUGCCUAUCAGGAUGACAGAUAUAGAUCAGGAAAAGGUCGUGUGCGACUUGGAGAUGUACAGUGUAAUGGAAACGAGGAGAAUCUUGCUUUCUGUCCAUACAAAGAUUACAGCGUCUGCUCACAGUCAGGAGAAGCAGGAGUGAAAUGCAGAUCAGUAUCAGAUUCGAUCCAACCACGGAUACCUUAUCGUCUCAUGGGAGGAAACAGUCGCAGUGAAGGCCGAGUAGAGGUUUAUCAUGAUCGGAAGUGGGGGACAAUUUGCGACAGAGGCUGGGAUCUCAUUGAUGCAGGAAUUUUUUGUCGGAUGCUGGCUUACGCCGGAGCCAGGGCCACUCCAAAGUAUGGCCAAGGUUCAGGUCCCAUAUGGCUCAGCGACGUCAAGUGUAUUGGGACUGAAGACUCAAUCUUUAGAUGUGAAAACGCUGGAUGGGGAAAUGUUGAUAAUUGUGACCACUCGAAUGAUGCAGGAGCAGAGUGCUAUUAUGAUUGAGCUAACGCUGCCUCAGAACGUGACUUUUUUACUUUUACGCAGACAAGUCAAACAAAAACCUUUAACUUUUUUUCUCGUUUU